AACGAUUGUAAAAGCUCCGUGAUUACACUGAAGUUGGGUGCGCCAUCUCCUUAUUUGACGCAAAAGCGUUCAAAAGACUGGACCUCUUGAGCUUGGGAUAGAGACUCGGUUUGUCUAUCGCAAUGGCCGCGGAAGGCUCGUCCCAAGCAGGUCUGGCGCAGGACGUGGACACGGGCGACAGCACCAACAACAACCCCGACGCAGCCGUGACGAUACAGAGGAUCCAGGAGCUCCUCAAGACCAAGAACGACACUUCAAGGUUUGUCGGCCUCGCACUUCUAAAGUCUGUCCUCGACAACUCACCACAACUCCGAGAAGAUGAGGAAGCCGUCACGACACUGUGGCACAGCGUGUCGCCCAAGUUCCUGGACCGCCUCCUGAGGAGCGGUGCCAAGGCGGGCCCAUCGCCCAAGGACGCCAGGGACAUGAUCGAUAUCGCUGUCGGUGUCGUCCACAUCUUCUCGGUUCUCCUCCCAGACGAGUCAAAGAAGGAACCGAGCCUUGUCGGUCGGGUACCAGCGCUGGUGUCGGUGAUACUGCACAGCUCCAAAGAGACGACGCAGCUUGUGCUGCAGACUCUACUGACUCUCGUCAGCCGGCCAGAAGGGGCCAAGGAGUUUGUUUCCGUGGACGAUGUCAGCGCUCUCAUCGAGAUUGCCCCCUCGCAACCUCUGGCGUUGAACAUCUUUCUCUAUGCUUACGCUCAGUCCGCCGCCUUCGUCGAAGAUGCGGCUUCUAUGCAGUCCAAGCUUGACAACAUCAUCCAAAGCCUGGUCGCAUCUUUCAAGGGCACAGAUGCUGUCACCCUUCUGGCCUUCCUCGCCGAGCUCCUGCGGAGACUCAGCCCCGAAUGCCUAACCCAAAAUCCAGCCUGGUUGAAGACCAUCACGGGCUUCAUCCGCAACCUCGUGACUAGCAAGCCAACAGCAGCUGGCCGUGCGGCUUACACAAACCUCGCCGCUACCCUACUUCAGAUCUAUCCCGCUGCGGCAUCAAAACUGCUUUUCACCGACGAGGGCAAGUCAGAGAAGCCGUUCCCAUACCUCCUGGUCAACCUGGUACUCGUCGACCUCCGCUCAUCCUUCCCAAAUCUGCUGGCUAAACUCAACGAUCCCAACUACGAAAGUAUAUCCAAGCGUAUCGCAUCAGCCUUUGACGUCGUGUCGGCCUUCAUCGGCUUCCUCGUCCGCUUCCUAGAGGACGAAAGCCCCGAGAACUCCAUAUCGCUCAUGAUGGCACCAAACUUCCUAUUCAAACUACGACAGUCAAUUGCCGAGACCCUGUCCCUCGCGAUCGAGUACCUGCGCGACCGGUGGGACGGCGCAGAAGCAGGCGCCAUGGGCCUCCACCCAGACGCAAGGCCAGGCGCGGCCAACACAUCGCGGGGCUCCCACUUCACCCUGUCCUGGGACUCCAAGAUUGACCGCGCCAACCAGGACCCCCUCAUCCUCGCCGCCAUCAGGACGCUGGCCCUCUGGCUGCGGGAGGACGAGAACGACAUGCUGAGGAGGGAGGCCACGGGGCUCACUGACAUGUUCAUGGACCUCUACAGGUCCAGCGCGGAGCGAGGGGCGCGCCUCGACUUCAGGCGGCCGGUCCUCGUCGCGCUGGAGGGCACGACCGCGCUCGAGGACGGCGCCGCGGCGCUGCUGGAGCACGACGGCUGGGACGUCCUCACGCGGGACCUGCUCGCCAUCCUGCGGUCGACCUCGUCCGCGAGCGACGAGGCCGAGGCGGCCAGGGGCGUCGAGAUCGUGCGCGUGCUGAUCCCGGCGGUGGAGGGGGAGAGCCCCGGCAGCCGCGAGGCGUGGAUGGCGGUCGUCACGGCCGUCGCGGGGUGGGACGUGCCGGACGCCGAGCAGCCACCUGCCGUGUACGAGUUCCAGGUCGCUGUGCUGCAGCUCGUCGCGGCGCUGAUGGAGAACACGCGCCCUGGGGUGCAGAGGCGAUAUGUCCAUUCGACCAGUGCCGUGCUUGGCAUCGUGGAGCAGCUCAUGGGGAAGAUUGUCAAGGUGCAUGACGAGGCGCUGGAGGAUAGCCUGAGGGAUGUGGAGACUACCCUCAGCGGGCUGAGGUAGAAUAGAGGCCUGUCUUUGUGGCUUCAGUCGGCAGUGAUGCUGUGCCUGUGAGGGACCUUUUCCUUCGUUAAGAUCGAGGAAUCAGUCCAGCACACAGGCUGAAAGGGUCAAGCUAGAGAACGGGUUCAUAUCACCAGAGUGUGAAGUGUGGCACAUAUUGUUGUGGAUGUAUUAAGGAGCAGAAUACAUAUGCACGGUUACAGUA